AUGGAAUCCUUAUUAAAUCCAAAAGUAAUUAAUAAUAAUAAUAUCGUUACGUCACCAGAAGCAGCAACAACAACAACAUCGCAUCCAUCAAUAUCUGUUCAUUCUCUUUAUUCAGCUGAAAUUUACAAUUAUAAUAUAUCCAAUUCAUUGGACCGGGUUAAUAAUACUCCGUAUGCUCAAUGUAUUACACCUUUAACCCAAAAAGCAGACGUUGAAAAUUUAUCUCCAGAAGGACAACAUAUUAACAGCAUUACGAAUUCGAAUAUGACGGACAUUAGUGAUGCUGUUACUAAUACUAAUAUCAGUACGGAUAUUCCAAAUAUUGAGAGCGACAAUAAUUACACUAAUGAAUUGACUACAUUUAUAACAAUUAUUCUACAAUACCAACGGCCAGAUUGUGCUCAUUACGGACUAUUUGAACCAAAUAUUGAUAUCGGAUGCUAUUAUUACGGUGAACCUCCUCAAAUGGAAGAAAAUUACAUGGAUGACGUCACUAUUUUUGAUUAUUAUCAACUCGGAGCUGAUCAACAAUUUGAUUUAUUCCGAGAUUAA